AUGGAUCCGACACUCAAAUUGUUGACGCUCAUCAACGUCAGCGCUGCCCGACCAGGCAAGCGGCAGCGCUCAUCCAACCUCACUCACUACGCCAAGAUCACCCGCAAAGCUGUUGCUGCACAACAAGCAACCGCUUCCACCUCGAAAGCCGCUGCCGCCUACUCUCCUUCCAAACGAACAAAGGCUGCAUCUGCGUCCAGCUCGCCAAGCAAAGUACAGAAUAGCACUGAGCUCAUUGGUGAAGAAUCGGAUGAUGACAACACAGAGGUGUUCGACCGCACUGCCACCACCUCGCCCACGGGCAAGAACCAGAAAAGCAGCAGGCAGCUCACCGCAUUCGACGCUCACUUUGGCAGCGAAGGCCCGCAUGCACAAGCGAUCGCGAAGCUGCCUGAGUCCCAGACCACCUUGUCAUGGUCCACCUCCCGCUCCACCGUCCCCGCGUUCAACAGCAACCUUGUCAUCUCGAAGCCCAGUCUGCCAGACUUUGACACACAGCAGUACUCAGGUCAGCCUCAAGUGAAGGUUCUCGAUGCAUUCAAUGCCUUCACCUCCAAAAAGUACUCUGAGCCAACAGCCUUGCAUAAAGCACUAGCCACCACCCUCGGCAGCUACGCCGACUUCUGCGAUGUCAACGUCUCCCUCCGCGACCGAGCACAGUACCGCGAAGUCACUGCCAUGCACGCCAUGUCCCACAUCGCUAAGACUCGUCGUCGAGUCCUCAAGAACAACGAAAAGCUGGCCAAACUCGCAGCCUCCAGUUCUUCCGCAGACCAAGACGACCUCGAUUUGCGCGACCAGGGAUUCACCCGUCCCAAAGUGCUCAUUCUUCUUCCCUUCCGCAAUUCUGCACUCGAAUGGGUCGAUCUGCUGACCAAGUUCAGCUUGUGUUCGCAAAUCGAUAACAAAUCCCGUUUCAACAAAGAGUACAACCUUCCCGAGGGCGCCGUGGAUAAACUAGCCGAUCCUACCGUUGCAGCAAAGUACCCAGAAGACCACAUCGCCAACUUUGCCGGUAACAUCGACGACUCGUUCAAGUUAGGGCUCAAGGUUACAAGGAAGAGCUUGAAGCUUUUCUCUGGCUUCUAUGAUUCGGAUGUGAUCGUGGCUUCGCCAUUGGGAUUGAGAUUAGGGAUUGAAAAGGAUCAUGGAGAUAGUGAUUUCUUGAGUAGUAUAGAGAUGGUGGUGGUGGAUCAGACUGAGGUGAUUAGUAUGCAGAAUUGGGAGCAUUUGGAGUUUGUCAUGUCCAGAUUGAAUCAUAUUCCGAGACAGAGUAGGGAUACUGAUUUUAGCCGGGUUAAGCAGUUCUAUUUGGACAACAGGGCGGGGAUGUUCCGUCAGACUAUCCUUCUUUCUGCGCACGACUUCCCAGCACUGCGAUCGGUCUACAACCACAAUCUGAACAACGUCGCUGGUAAGAUCCGAACCGUCGCUCAUACCGAGGAGAAAGAUGCCGAACUAGCUAGGGGUACCAGUGGAGUCAGACAGGUGUUCACUCGAUUCGAAGCGGCGAACCCCCACGCAGAGCCAGAUUUGCGUUUCCAGCACUUCACAACAAAGACACUCGCUCAGCUAUCCAAAUCUGCCGUUUCAAGCAGUCACACCCUCAUCCUCGUCCCGAGCUACUUCGACUUUGUUCGCCUCGACGACUUCCUCCGAUCGCACAAUGAGAAGCGGAAACCGGGCGAAACAGCAAACCUUUCCUAUACCAGCAUCUCUGAAUACUCCACUCCCAAGGAUAUUCGAAGAGCACGUGAAGCGUUCUUCUCCGGCAAGAAAAGGUUCUUGCUUCUCACGGAAAGAGCACACUUUUACAGAAGGUCCAAGUUGAGAGGUGUAAAGACAGUGGUGUUUUAUCAGCUACCGCAGAACGCGAGGUUCUUUAGUGAGGUGUUGAAGUUCCCGUUCAUCACUAAGGGCGAUUUGGCCGGCGGGAAGGGUAAGGAAGAGGAAGAGGAAGAAGAGUUGGACGCAAACGAGGUCAGUGCGUAUGUAGUGUUCAGUAGAUACGACUUGAUUCAGUUAGAGAGAGUGGUCGGUACGGAACAGGCAAAGCAGAUGGUGACUGCGGAUAAGGCCACUUGGAAGUUUGUCUGA